AUGCACAAGUGCAGCGCCUUGAAGUACAGGUUUCAGAGUCUGCAGCUGGAGCGGGAGAUGUGUUUGGCUUCAAACUGCACCCUGGCCAGGGUGAACCUGUCCCUGCGCCCGCGGCUGGAGGACGGGAAGGCUUCCCUAGCCAUCAAGUACCAUGAGCUGCGGGAGAUAAGAGAGGCAUGUUGGGACAAGCAGCAGCGUCUAGAGGCUUACCUGGAGAAGUGGAGCCCACAGAGUGCCCUGAGCCAGCUCCAAGCCAAGCUCGAUGCCUCUGAGGCAGAGUCAGAGGCACAGAUAAAGCAGUUCCUGGCCCAGGACCUGCCCCUUGAUUCCUUUCUGGAGUCCUUCUGCCAGAGCCGCACACGCUCCCACAUCUACCGGACACAGCUGGAGAAACUGCAGGAGCUGCUGCAGAAAGACCGGGUGGGCAGGGACCCUGUGGGCCCCACGGGGUGCCCAGGUGCCCUGGCUAGCCCAGCACCAACCCGCCUUGCCCCACUUCAGAAUGGAGUAGCCCCCAAAGCCUUCAAUCUCUCCUACGGUUUUGUGCCUGCCUUUCUCAUCCCCUCGGAGGCUGUUGUGCCCUUUGCCAUGCCGGCUGCACCUCGCAGACACCAUCUCCCAGCCCUGGGACACCAGCCAGCAUCUCCCUGCUCCAAAAUCCCCAGCCCGGGCUCACCCCUGCGCCUCGUCGGACACAUCCGCCUGCUCAGCCCCCAGCCCUUCCGCAGGCAGCAGCGGCCGCGACACCAGAAGCUGGAGCCUCCACACCGGUAG